AUGCUUAGCACCGGGAGACCCUUCGGGGCCUCUUCCACCCGUCGCCCCCCACCACCACACGACCGGCCUGCGUUUGUGGAGACAUCUUCGGUUCGAGCUUGCAUUUAGAUCCAUCUUGUAGCGGUACGGUCGAGAUACAUUCAACGACAUGGCUACCAGGAUUGUGUUUGACCGCCGCUGUGUUGGAUGUGGAAGCAAUUUUAACAGCGUAGUACGAGUGUUACGACUCACGUUGAGCGCCAAUGAUCAUCGCAAGUGUUUGGAGGAGAAAAUACCUGAUAGGACUAGCCGAGAAGCACCCGCCCUUCUCGGUCUGUUUCCUGCCCAGCUCGGACCUGGUAAUCCAAUCUAAUCGAUCCAUCAACCACCCCUGAGGUGAUGGGAGGAGAAUCAGCACACCUUCAAGAUCCGCAGAGUUUUACGAUAUCGACCUCCCAUGUAUUGGUGGGUUCAUCUGGAUUCUUUGCCCUCCGAUGGCUGCCGCGUCGACAUACCUUACCUAGACCCCUCCGAUUCCGAGCUCGGUUUGGAGAAGCACCAGACUCGAUCCGAUAGGCACGACUACUCCCCUUCGAUCAGCAAGCCAGAUUGAUAAAGUCUUUCAUCGCCUCAUCGAUCCCGGCUAAGAGACCUCCCACCUUCGCUCUGAACUAGAGUUCAUCCAAUAGGUUCACACUGAUACCAUCAUCACGAGCAAGAUGGCCGUCAACGUGUUUUCCGUCCCCGUCUUCCUCGUCGUUUUCCGCGAGUCCUUGGAGACUGGCAUCAUUGUCUCUGUUCUCCUCGCUUUCUUGAAGCAGACCCUUGGAGGUCCCGGACGCGAUGUCACUGUCUACAAAGCUCUUCGUAAACAGGUCUGGAUGGGAACCGCCCUCGGCCUCACCCUCUGCAUCAUAGUCGCGGCCGCCAUCAUCGGAGUCUUCUACGGAGUCGGUCGAGACAGCUGGCAAGCGCACGAAUAUUACUACGAAGGCUCGUUUGCGCUUUUCGCCUCCAUCAUCAUCACACUCAUGGGAGUUGCUCUCCUUCGAGUCGGCAAGCUGCAAGACAAAUGGCGCGCCAAACUUGCCAAGGCCAUGGAGCCCCAAGCAAAGACAACGACCUCGACGUUUGGCUCUCGAUUCAAGCGGAACCAGGAGAAAUACGUCAUGUUCUUCCUGCCGCUCAUCACCAUUUUGCGAGAGGGGAUUGAGAUGAUCGUUUUCAUCUUCGGCGUCACUUUCGCAGCACCUGCUACUGCUGUACCCCUCCCGGUCGUUGUUGGUUUGAUCGUUGGCGUUUUCGCGAGCUACCUCCUCUACAAGAGUGGAUCUACUUCCAAGAUUCAAAUCUUCCUCGUCGCCUCUACCUGCUUGCUCUACAUCGUCGCCGCUGGUCUGUUUUCCCGCGCCGUGUGGUUCUUCGAAGCACAGGAAUGGAACACAGCCGUCGGUGGUGAUGCGGCUGAGGUUGGCGCAGGCCCUGGAUCCUACGAUAUCGACAGAAGCGUUUGGCACGUUAACUGCUGUAGCCCUCAAUUGAACGGUGGCGGUGGCUGGGGUCUCCUGAAUGCCAUUUUCGGCUGGAACAACUCUGCCACCUACGGAUCUGUCAUCUCGUACAACGUCUACUGGAUCUUUGUCAUUUGCUGGCUUGUGCUUCUGAGAUUCCACGAAGUCAAUGGUCACUGGCCCCUCAUGAAGCCAAAGGCUGCUGGCAAGGUCGAGUCCACUGAGGAAAUGCCAGGAACAUCUACGCCUACUGAACACUCUGUCAACGAACCCAAGAAGGAUAUGUCAACCACCACAAGCGCUCUCAAAUGAUUAGGCACGAUGAAGGGCUCGGAGUUGACUCGGUUUGGAGAUCUUGGUGCUGCCGGAUCUCAUUCAUGGAGGGGACGAGGAUUUUGGUAGAGGGGCACACACAUUAUCAAGAUUUCGAUCCCGGUCCCAACACUGUGGAGUUUCUGGCUCAAUUACCUGGUAAUUCGAAUAAAUAUCUGAAUAGUCAUCAUCCUUGCCUCUUUCACUAGCCUCAAACCUUCAACGACUUUCAGUCCAAGUCUACAGC